AUCCAAGCAACUUGUCUAUACCAUUGUUAGAGGGUGGAAGCUAGCAUUCUCAUUGUCUUUUCCUCUCUGGUUCGCCUAUAUAUAUAUAUAUAUAUAUAUAAAUAUAUCUCGAUUUUGGAGUGUUCACGAGAAAGAGGUGAUUGUGUGGCUUGUGGAGGAAAUGGAGAGAGGUUAUAUGCUUCUGCUGGUGGUUUUGAUCAUCGCCAUAGGAAGGGGAGAGGGACAACUAGUGGAAAACUUCUACAGCUCUAGCUGUCCUAACGUGGAAGGUAUAGUGAGGCAGGCUGUUUCCACAAAGUUCAGGCAGACAUUCACCACAAUCCCAGCAACUCUUCGUCUGUUUUUUCAUGACUGCUUUGUGACGGGUUGUGAUGCUUCCACCAUGGUUUCUUCACCAAAUGGAGACGCAGAGAAGGACGCUCCAGACAAUCUUUCUCUAGCAGGAGAUGGAUUCGAUACCGUAGUGAAGGCAAAACAAGCAGUGGAAGCAGCUUGCCCCAAAGUAGUCUCCUGUGCAGACAUUUUAGCUUUAGCUGCUAGGGAUGUUGUUGUCCUGGCUGGAGGUCCUUCAUUCAACGUAGAAUUAGGACGUCGUGAUGGCAUGGUUUCUCAAGCGUCACUUGUGAAAGGAAAUUUACCAGAGCCCGACUUCAAUCUUUCUCAACUUAACGCUAUGUUUGCUAGGAACAACCUUAACCAGAUUGAUAUGAUUGCACUAUCAGGAGCCCACACACUAGGCUUCUCCCACUGCAACCGCUUUGCGAAGAGACUCUACUCAUUUUCCUCAUCCUCUCCCGUUGACCCUUCUCUAGACGCAGAGUAUGCCCAGCAGUUGAUGAAUGCCUGUCCUAGGAACGUGGACCCCAGCAUAGCCAUUGACAUGGACCCUGUAACCUCACGAACCUUUGACAAUGUGUAUUUCCAAAAUCUGGUUUCUGGUAAAGGAUUGUUCACUUCAGAUGAGGUGCUGUUUAGCGAUCCAGCUUCUCAGCCAACCGUCAAUGAUUUUGCUAAGAACUCGGGCAAUUUUAAUGGAGCUUUUGCGACUGCUAUGAGAAAGCUUGGAAGGGUGGGAGUUAAGACAGGUAGCCAAGGAAGGAUCAGGACAGACUGUACAGUCAUUAAUUCUUGAAAAUUCAAUCUAUUGUUGGUCUAGGCUGCAAAUUACUAGUUUCGAAGUCAUUUUAAUAAUGCAUCGAAUCACACUUUGUUGAACAUAAAAGUUCUGAAGAAAUAAUAAGUGCAUUUUUUUUUUAUUAAU